AUGAAAAACAAAACCCCAUUCAGUUAUCGGAAAGAGGAAAUUGGUUCUUGUUCAAAGAUGAAUCAGAAAAUCAAAUGGGAAAUUGGUUUUACUAAAAAACUACCCAAAGAUUAUCAUCCUGGAAAAUUUGGGAGAACCAUCAUUGAUCCAUCCAGGAACGAUACGUAUCUUCUCAAAGAAGAAAACGGUUCUUAUUCUAAUGGGUGCUGCCGUGUUUACAGAGCUCUCUAUUCCGAAUAUAUGGAGGAUACUGCCAAACUUGUUGAUUCUGGCAAUGUCACUUUGAAGGUCAUCAACAGGAAAAUCCACGAAAGUGAUUGUCUGGAGCUUCAGCGCAGAAUUGAUGCAUCAAUAGAAGAUCGUUCUUAUUACACCACAAUUGGAAUCAAGAAAGCUUUCGCUACUGAAGACUUGUCAUGUGUUUCAUUGCCUUAUAUGUCACAGGGAUCCCUUCGUCAUAUUCUCUCUACUCGUCAAGAUAAAAGAUUGCCAGAGGAGUUCAUCGCUAUUGUUAUUAAAAAAGUACUUGCUGCUCUACGAGACGAGGUUCAUAAUGGGUUGCUUCCAAGGGCUCAUAAGACUUUAAGUGCUGGAGAUAUCUUUAUUCACACUACUACUGGCCAAAUGUUGAUCAGAUUAGCAUAUGAAGCAUCGGUUUAUGAUUCUGAAAAGAUCAAUGUUGAGGAAGAUUCAAAUGAAGAAGAAGCAGGUUCGUCCUCCUCUGCAUUUUUGGCUCCGAAGAGAAUUGCAAAAUGGGGUGCUGCGCCAGAGGUGUUUGGAAGAGAAAAUGAUGAAGGAGUUGGACCAAAAUCUGACAUCUGGCUAUUGGGAAUAAUGGCACUGGAAUUAGCCUAUGGAGAGUUACCUGUGAGUACCCGUGAAGACUUGGAUCGUUUGAUCAAAAAGUUAAGGAAGGAGCGGAGAUUUCCAAGAUCACUCGAAAAUAUGCUGAUCGUCAACAAUAGAGAAGUGACAUUCAAGAAAGCGAUGAAUUUGUUUAAACGAAAGGAGGAGGUGUUUUCAGAAAUGUUUGAGAGUACGGUUCGGAAAUGUCUUGCUAAGAAACCAAAGAAGAGGCCAACUGCUGCGCAGCUUCUGGAUAGUUAUACUACAUUCUUUACUCAAAAGGAUAUGGAAAGGUUUGAGCGAUUCGUGUUGAAUGCUGAGAAUAAUCCAGUCCCUACUACUAAUUGA